UCAUUUACGCUGGCCGAGAGAGAACUACCAAUACAUUACAAACGGCACAGAAUUUAUCAUAGCAAGAACAAAUAUGAUGCCAGAAGGGAAACAACGAGAAAUGGGGAAAAUGAUCUCUUAAUAAUGCCUUUGAAAAAAUGUAAGAUUUAAAGAUUUAAUGAACGCGGAUCGGGGAUCUACUAUAAAGGGUUACAAAUUCAGUUGCAGUAAUAAUUACUGUACCAGUGGUAAAUAUUUUUGAAGUAAAGCUUACGUUUGGAUCUAAAUGCACUAUGUGUACGAAUUAAGUCGGAUACAGGGAUACAGUUGGACAAAUUAUAGAGUAAACGAACAUAGUUGAGCAACAUUUCGGAUAUAUGAGCAAUUUGAACAAUAGAUAGGGUAUACAAACAAAGUUAAACAAUGUAUAUGAUACACAUACAAAGUUGAACAAUGAAUAGGAUAUACCACAACUGCAUUAUUUCUAAAUACAACACGUAGACUCGCACACACUGCAGAUGGAAGUUCUUCAGACGAUUGCUCUUAUGAGCACAAUUUGGACAAUAGUUGAAGGUAUCCAGUGCUGGCACUGUAUUGCUGACGAUUGCUCUAAGGACCCGAGUGGAAACUACAAGGCCACCAAAAAGGCGUGCAACUUUGGACAGGCAUGUCAGAAAGUGUACUUUGAAACGUUAGAGGUAACAGAAAAAACUUACAUAAGUCACACUUCAACAGUGCGAGGCUGUUCUAGCGAGUGUAAGUCACGUGAUGAUUUUAAAAAUUGUACGAUGCUACAACGAACAUUAAGUGGUUGUGUUCGGAAGGAUUGUUGUAGUGAUACUGACCUGUGUAAUAGUGCUGAAAUUGUGGGGAUGGGUGUACCAUUGUCUGUCACCAUAAUAGCUUGUGUAGUAUUGCAGACAUUGUGAGGAUUGGUGUGUCAUUGUCGGUUACCAUAAUGGCUGGUGUAGUAUUACGUAACAUAACAACAUAAGGUUUAUUUUCGAUGUAAGUAUAUACAGCUUAUCAUCGCAUGCAAAAUAUUAUUACAAACAUGCAUGAACGGACAUUACGGACAUUGUGAAGAUAGUCAUGUCAUUGUUUGUCACCAUAAUUGCUUGUGUAACAGUGCACAUACUGUGAGGAAUGGUAUUUCAUUUUCUGUCACAAUAAUGGCGUGGAGAUAUAUCGAAGACAUGGCAAAGGGAUAUGUAAUUGUCUGUCAUAAAAUGGCUUUGUAAAAGUGCAGACAUUGUGAUAAUAGGUGUGUCAUUUUUUAUGAUCAAGAUGAUGUGUGUAGCUGUUCCAGGAUUGUGAAGAAGGGUGUGGCAUUGUCCAUAAUAGUGAAGAGUUGUUAAGCGUUACAAACAUUGUGAAGACAGGUGUAAAACGUUAUGUUAUUAUAAUUGUUUUUAUAACACGACAAACAUCGUGAAAACGAGCAUGCCGGUUUCUGUUAACAUAUUGCUUUAUAUAACCGUGCAAACACUUUCAGUUUUCAUGAUGAUUCAUGUAACGUUACAACGUUACAAUCAAUUCGCCCUAAUGCUCAAGCUGUCUUUCAAGACGCUGUUCCGAAAAGAUGUGUUAAUGAUUUAGCAUUUAGUUUCUACUGCCAUUUAAAGCAAAAUACAACAAAAAAAAUGAUACACAUAAUUUGUUAUAUAUAGAUAUACAUGUAAAAAAGUUGUUAAACUGCUUUUUUUCCAAAAAUAAACUUGCGUAUUCAGUAGCUUUUUGUUACGUUUGAUACUUCUGCCCAUAAUCGAUAUUCGCUCUGGGUAUUUUGCAGAAUGCACGUUGUCAUCGGUAUGUAAUUAUCAGAUAAUACACUGUAUUUGGUAUUUGAUAAACAAUUUUUUUGAACUAAGAGACUAGGAUGUGCUAGUCCCAGAUUGUUUACCUUAGCCGAAAAGAUGCGUUUUGUAAUUUAGGUAUCUUAAUACUCUAGCUGCUGCAACAUGCCUUACUGCCGCUCAAAUUUGAAAAUGAAAUAAAUAUAAUAAUGCAGUUGUAAAAUGAUUGAUUACUUUGUUUGAUGUUAUAUAUAACUCUUUGCUGAUAAACUUUUUGUAUUUCUCUUUACCACGUCUGAAACGGGUUUACGCGCUCAUGUGUGGAAACGGUGACGUCACACAGCUAACGAAGCCGGCCAUGCACAUCGACCACAGAGCCACGCACUCCUCUUCGGCCAGCCACAUGGACCCGCAAGUAGUUGCCCCCGGCAGACUCAGCUGCUACUGUCGCCAACAACAAAACCGUUGAGAUCGUCAUGCCGUGAUCAACCGAGCACCAUAGAGCUAAUUAUUGAAUUAUUGAUAGCCUACAUUGCGCUUGAGCAUGGAUUAAAGAUGUAUAUGUCACGAAACACUUAAAACCACUGGGGAGACUUAGUCUUAAGAUAAGUUAUACAGUUGAAGGUAUCCAGUGCUGGCACUGUAUUGCUGACGAUUGCUCUAAGGACCCGAGUGGAAACUACAAGGCCACCAAAAAGGCGUGCAACUUUGGACAGGCAUGUCAGAAAGUAUACUUUGAAACGUUAGAGGUAACAGAAACCACUUACAUAAGUCACACUUCAACAGUGCGAGGCUGUUCUCGCGAGUGUAAGUCACGUGAUGAUUUUAACAAUUGUACGAUGCUACAACAAACAUUAAGUGGUUGUGUUCGGAAGGAUUGUUGUAGUGAUACUGACCUGUGUAAUAGUGCUACAAUUGUGGGGAUGGGUGUACCAUUGUCUGUCACCAUAAUAGCUUGUGUAAUAUUGCAGACAUUGUGAGGAUUGGUGUGUCAUUGUCGGUUACCAUAAUGGCUGGUGUAGUAUUACGUAACAUAACAACAUAAGGUUUAUUUUCGAUGUAAAUAUAUACAGCUUAUCAUCGCAUGCAAAAUAUUAUUACAAACAUGCAUGAACGGACAUUACGGACAUUGUGAAGAUAGUCAUGUCAUUGUUUGUCACCAUAAUUGCUUGUGUAACAGUGCAAAUACUGUGAGGAAUGGUGUUUCAUUUUCUGUCACAAUAAUGGCGUGGAGAUAUAUCGAAGACAUGACAAAGGAAUAUGUAAUUGUCUGUCAUAAAAUGGCUUUGUAAAAGUGCAGACAUUGUGAGAAUAGGUGUGUCAUUUUUUAUGAUCAAGAUGAUGUGUGUAGCUGUUCCAGGAUUGUGAAGAAGGGUGUGUCAUUGUCCAUAAUAGUGAAGAGUUGUUAAGCGUUACAAACAUUGUGAAGACAGGUGUAUAACGUUAUGUUAUUAUAAUUGUUUUUAUAACACGACAAACAUCGUGAAAACGGGCAUGCCGGUUUCUGUUAACAUAUUGCUUUAUAUAACCGUGCAAACACUUUCAGUUUCCAUUAUCAUUCAUGUAACGUUACGACGUUACAAUCAAUUCGCCCUAAUGGUCAAGCUAUCUUUCAAGACGCUGUUCCGAAAAGAUGGGUUAAUGAUUUAGCAUUUAGUUUCUACUGCCAUUUAAAGAAAAAUACAACAAAAAAAUGAUACACAUAAUUUGUUAUAUAUAGAUAUACAUGUAAAAAAGUUGUUGAACUGCAUUUUUCCAAAAAUAAACUUU